AUGCCUGUAACAGCUGACCAUCUGCUAUCAGAAGGCCAAAACAUCACACCAGUAUAUAUCCAGAUUAACACCCCCGUCACAUUGACCUGUCCGGCUGAUGACCAGGCUACGAUUCUUAGCUGGACUGGACCCGGAGGUACCCUGUAUGUCACAGGAACUACAGCUGAAGCUGAUCUUUCUGGCAUUGUUAAAUCACGGAUAUCUGCGAGUCACACAGGAGGGAGUUAUACACUCUCAUUUACAAAGUUCCAGUCGCUUGACAUCGGGAUAUAUAUAUGUAUGGUUGACGGGACAAUGGAUCUACAGAUGGUCAUUGUACAAGGUGUGACAUCAGCCAGUCCAGUACACACCAGACAGGGAGGAACAGUAACAUUACAAUGUCCUGAUACUGGUGGUAGUACAUCGUGGUCUGUCACUUCUACUGGAUUUGUUUACACCAUCGGAACACAAAUCAACCCGAGCCUAGCAGACUCAAUAAAGACGAGACUCGCUGUUACCAAUCAGAACGGAAUCUAUAGCCUACUGAUCAGCAAUGUACAACUGUCAGAUGUCAGGGAAUACCAAUGUAUCAUUGGACUAUCAGACACAUUCUAUCAUCUACUAUUCUACAUUCCUCCAAAUUUCCCUAAAAUAGAUAACACGGACAGUGUUGACGGCCAGAACAGAACAAUAGGAACGGAGGAUGUAAGUAUGACCUUGACAUGUAAUGCACGUGAGGGUACUCCAUCAUCCAAUGUGUCGUGGAUUAAAGAUGGCGUCAUCCUUGCGACAGCAGCCAAUGUAGUCAAGUACAGAAAGGUCUUCACCCGAGCUGACGAUAGAACCAUGUAUACAUGUCAGUCCAGUAGUCCGGCCCUGACCAGUUCUCAGACCACCAGUGUGAUAAUAUACCUAGAUUUGAAACCGAGACAGUCUACUAUAUCUGGCCAGAUGUCCCAGACAGAGAACACAGACCUACAGGUAGUGUGUGAGUCUACAGGAAGUAGACCGGCGGCCGACAUUGAGUGGAAUGUUGGGGGAACAUGGCAGUCAAGUAAUCCAACAGAGGUCAAGGCCAUGGACAUUGCUACAGAAACCUACACCGUGACGUCAACACUCUCUCUCCGAGUCAGUCGUCAGGACAAUGGGAAGUCUGUGUACUGUAGAGCCAGUAACCGGGCCUUAUCUGGAGGGACUGAAUCAGAACGACGGACUAUAACAAUAUUGUACCCUCCUGACGUACAUAUCAGCUACACCAACGCCACAUACACAUCAUUCCGUAGGACAUUGACAUGUACCCCAGAUGGAAACCCGGCCAUAUACCAGUUUGGACAGUGGCAACACACGGCGGAGGAUGGUACAGUGAUACGUCAGUUAACUGGAAAAUCCAGUUCUAAAGAAUCUAUCCUAACCCUACCUGACCCUGGGACUACACAUCGGUAUGAAGACACGGGCUACUACAUAUGUUCAGCCUCAAAUAACAUUCCAGUCCCGGAAUCAUAUACGUCCGAAUCAGUCUUCUUUGUGGUAGAAGCUCCUCCUGGGAUUAUUACCAACACUACAGUGGUAGAGGAAAAGAUAGGGAACAAUGUCACUUUGGAGGUGGAAUUUUACAGCAGACCAGGAGUAAGUCCAGAUACUGUCACCUGGACCACGGGAGGUUCUGAUGGAUCACUUCCCGCUGGCAGAUCAUUCACGUCUGUAGAUCAGAGGACUCUCCUACUGUCAUUUCAUGGUGUCGAUGUACAGGUCAAAGGUUAUGUUGCUACACUGAUAAUCAGGAAUAUCAUGGAUGUAGACUACGGUAACUACACGGUGAUGAUUGAAAAUAGUUUUGGAACGAGAAACCACACCUUAGCUCUGAUCAAAACAGACCGACCGUCACCUCCUCUCUACCUUUUACAAAAAGAUGUAACCGGAAGUAGUAUCACAGUGCAGUGGAUUCCGGGUUCAAAUGGAGGAGUGACUCAGUCGUUUGUAAUUGACUACAAAUCUGACGUCAGCAAAAAUUACACUGAAUUGAACGCAAUUCCAGAUAACCUGGAAUCCGUCAUGUCAUAUAAGAUAGAUGGACUGAAAGAGAACACGGUUUACAGUAUCCGAAUUCAUGCUCAAAACGACAUUGGCCAGAGUGAUCAGAUAUUCAUCACCGUUUCAACCAGUAGCACAGAGAAAUGUAAUGAAGAACUACAUUCCACUAGAACUGCGCUGAUUUCGGUGUCUGUCUUCUGUAGUGUUGUAUUUGUAGCGGCGGUCGUUUUUAGCAUUGUAAUAAAUAGACGAUCAUCGGCAGGAUGUCAUCAGAGGAGAGACAACCUUCAACACCACAGUGGACAAGAAAUGAAACAGGUCGCCGUGCCCGAGGGAGCGAUGGUGAAAGAUCGUGAUCAAGACAGUCAGUCCCAUUACCAGGAUCUGAAUCCGUGCGAAAUUCAGCCAGCUUCUACAUACGAGCGCCUUUCCGGAGAUGACAUUGAUGUCAGUAUUGAACAGGAAAGAAACAACUACGAAUCGCUGAAAGAAAAUCCAUUUAAACAAGAAUAUGAAGAACUAACAGUUGUCGGGUCAAAAUAUGCGAACACCUGACGGAACGUACGCCAUCACAACGUAUGUAGGUAAAGAGAUAAAAAAAAAUAGUCAUCACCAACUACCGGGACGGUGUGUGGUAAUGAUUAGAAAAUACACAGUAUUAUACCAUAUGAAGACUAGUACAAAGUGGAGGUCAUGGGAAUCUGACUUUAUCAAUUAGUUCUGUCGUACCGCUACUUCCUACCUCAACAACAAAUGGAUGUAUUUAUCAAGGAAUUUCUUUUGUAUCUCUCUAGUGGUAUACGCCCUGGAGUGUUUUUCAUCGGGUGAGUCAAUCAGAAAUUGACUGUGAUGUCAUACUGUGGAUAAGGAAAUUUUAUUCCUUGUUACAACAGUGAAAUUGUUAGAAAUCUCAAAAGCUGAAUGUUAACAUUAUCCAUGUUUUCAAGCCUGUAAUAAUACAUAUGACAUUGAGCGAACUUUGGUUUAAAGUCGUUCUGUCCAAAAUGGCACGUAUCAUUAAAUUGAUCAGCUGAGUGUAAAUAAAACAAUACAGGCAGAAACUAA